GAUGGACGCCAUCAAAGGUUGGAGUCCUCGUUCCUCCAAUAGUUUUGAAAUUCUCCAUAAGAUUGGACAGGAUAGUAGUCGCUGCCAAGUAUUCAAAGGCAGAGAUAUCAUUACCGGGAAAAUUGUGGCUUUAAAGAAGAUCAAACUGCACACCUGGGAGCCUGAGUAUGUGGAAGAGAUGGCGCGAGAGAUUCUCGUCUUGAACCGACUAGAUUCUCAUCCUAAUGUUGUGAAAUUGGAAGGUCUGGUGCUGAUUCACGGAGAGCCUUUGAGUUUGUACCUAGUUUUUGAAUACAUGGAACAUAGUUUGGCUGAUCUCAUUAUAACCCACCAAAUCAAGUUCACAGAGUCUCAGGUAAAGUGCUAUAUGCAUCAACUGCUAUUAGGACUUGAAUAUUGUCACAGCCGUGGUGUAAUCCAUGGUAACAUCAAUGCAUUUAAUCUUCUCAUUAGCAACAAAGGAAUACUUAAGAUUGCUGGUUUCGGAAAAGCUGCUUCAAUUAAUUUUCCUAAUCGCAAUGAAUCGGGUAUGGUUAGUGAAGCAGUACCUGUCCUGUAUCGGGCACCAGAGUUUUCUUCAUACCAUCCUGCAUACAGCAGUGCUGCAGAUCUUUGGGGUGUCGGUUGCAUCUUAGCCGAGUCAUUGGCUACGAAACCUAUCAUACAGACACUUCAAGUGGAAGAACACUGCAACCCGUAUAAUAAACACGGCAGAAGAAAGAAUUUUAAAGGUUUUCCACCAUCAUCAUUGACGUUAUUGAAAACUCUUCUGGCAGAUAAUCCAGUUGCACGACAAUCUGCUUCUGCUGCAUUGGCAAAUAAAUUCUUCACAACAAGCCCUUAUGCAUGUGAACCAUCCAGCAUUCUACAGUAUCCUCCAAGGAAGACAAUACAAGAAGCUAAAUAGGAAUAAGGUUUGUUUAUAAUAUAGAAUUACUACUUUUCAGGUUUCUUACUAAUUUCUUGUGCUUGUAUGUUACCGACUUUAAGAUUUCGCAUAAAAACCUCAGUGAGCUGUCCGAGGAAAGAACGCCUCUCCGUAAGAUGCUGAAAAGACUUGUAUGAACUAAAAAACAAUAGUAGAGAUGUCGACAAUUGUAUUAUUGGUAAUCACUGUGCUAUCAUGGAGAAGACUACAAAAUAUAUCAAAUGUAUGCCACCGACACAUGUCACAUACUGAAAUCAGUGUAAGGUAUAAAUGUAGUAUUCCAUAUAUUAUAUUUACAUGAGCA